UGUUUGGUCAUGGGUCUCAACGAGUUAUUGGACUUUCCUGAAUUCUACUUACUAUUAUUUUAUUGUUAAUCUGAAAAUCACGCUGCGGAGAUGGAGGGGACAUACAUCUAAACUUUUAUAAUUAUUUUAACAUAAUAUCGCAGGCUUAGAGCUGCUGAUAGUUACAAGAAUACAUUGCUGUUCGUCUAAAUUCGAAAAUGACGCUUACUGUGCUAUUGCCGUUUUUAUUAUGUCUAAUUGUAAGUCAAGCACAAUUCAACAACAGUGAAAAAAUUGUGCUCAGAAGAAUUGCUAGAAAUGCUGUCAGUGGUUUCGGCCAGUAUGUAACUAUCCUGGAUAAAAUAAUUAUUGACAAUUGUAAAGCUAAUGGACAAUAUGAAGCAGCAGAAAAAUUGCAGUACACUUUUGAUGAAACGCAGUCAUGCCUUAGUAAAAAAAAAGCAAUCGUAACUCCCAGAGAAGAAUAUUUAGCGCUAAUUGAUGAAUGUAGAAGAGAAUCAGGAAGGCAAUCUAAAAGUUGUCUAGCAGAGUCACAACGCUAUUUUCCAGAUAUAUUAUUAGAGUACCAUAAAUCUAUCAUCAAUUUUUUGUAUGAAGAUGACGAUAUUAUAAGGGAAAAUAUGGUCGACUGCUUCCCUAAAUUAGAGAAUAGGAGAGUGCAAGCAGACUACUUUCAAUGUCUAAAGAAUAGUGCUAUUCGUACUGGCGAUUCCCGUCGUAUACCAGACACCAAGGAGAGAUUUUGUCAGAACGUCUUAGACACACCUUACUGUUUCACGAAUAUUAUAAAGGAAAAUUGCGACAAGACACCUGGAGUAGAAAAAUUUAUAGAAGAUUUCAUCACAGCUAACAGAAAUGUUUGUGAAGCCAGUAAAGCUGUACAAUGUGCCACUUUUAAACCACAUCUCGUAGUCAUACUUAUAUAUUUAAUAAAGCUUUUGUACUAGCAAAACAUAUCAACUUAAUUUGUCUAUAUUAAAGUGAUUGAAAGUUUAAGGAGUUUUGGCAGUAAUCCUAUACAAAAUGUAACAACUGCAUGUUAAAGAUGAGGAAGGGAAAAAUAUAUUUAUAAGACAAAAAAUAGACAUUUCUAUGGAAUUUAAUUUUCAUUAGAUAAAAAUUGUGUCUUACCAUGACUGGGAUUAGUAUUUCCGAUAUUGGGAAUAAUUUACCAAGCUAUGACUUUUCUAUGGAAAAUAUAUAAUUGUAGAAAAUUAAUGAAUAUCUGGAAUGUGACAAAUUCUAUUGUGUAAUACAUUAGCUCAUAUAUUAUUACGUAUGUAUACUUUAUUAUUAACUGCAGUAAUACAUAGAAUAAUUAUUACUCUUUUGGAAAAAUUACGGUUAGUGAUAAUAAUCCACUGGAUUAUUAAUGAUUAUAAAUUUAAAAUAUUAUAUACUUAUUUAUAGUUUUAUUUCUAAGAAUUAGAUGUAGACAAUGAUAUUAAAUUAUGUAGAAGAAUAAAUUACA